AUGGAUGUUCCAGAAAAUGCAUGUUUCAUGAACCUCUCUCGCAUUACUCUACAACAUUGCGAAUGCGUAAGAGACUUGACGUGGAUGAUGUUCGCUUCAAAUCUUACAGUGCUCUUUAUCUGCGAUGUGAAAGAAGUAGAAGGCAUAAUAAGCAAAGAGAAAGUUUAUGUCGGUGAAGAAUCAUCAGAUAUUGUUCCUUUCCAGAAACUAAGGACUCUACGUUUGAUUGACCUACCAGAGCUGAAAACAAUGUACUGGAGUUCUCUGCCAUUUCGUUGUCUUACGAAAAUUGUGGUAUUCAACUGUCCAAAGCUGAGAAAACUUCUCAAGUAA